AUGGCACCUUUGUGUUUGUUAAGCAUUUUCUUGUUUGGGAUACUUUCAAGUUCUCAGCUUGCCACAGCCCAGCUUCUGAGUGAUCAGUCUACAUUACUGGCAAUUGGUAAAGAGCUAAAUUUACCAAAAUGGGACAAAGAUGUCUCGGAGUACUGCACUUGGCCUGGCAUUUUUUGCAGCUCAAACUCUUCAUAUGUCGAACGACUCGAUCUUUCGAACCGUGGGCUGAAAGGGAAUAUCACCCUCAUCUCUGAGCUCAAGUCACUCAAAUGGCUUGACCUCUCACACAACAACUUCCAUGGAAAUAUCCCACCAGCUUUUGGAAAUUUGUCUGAGCUUCAGUUUCUUGAUUUGUCCUUUAACAACUUUGGGGGCUCAAUACCUCUUGAUUUGGGUAAGCUCACAAACCUCAGGGCAUUAAAUCUUUCGAAUAAUAUGCUCACGGGUAAAAUCCCUGAGGAGCUCGAGGGUUUAAGGGAUUUGCAGGAUUUGCAGGUGUUCACUAAUAGAUUGAGUGGUUCCAUUCCCAUUUGGGUGGGUAAUUUGACCUGUCUGAGAGUUUUUACCGCCUAUGAGAACGAGCUGAGUGGCGUUAUUCCAGAAAAUUUAGGGUCUUUCUCCGAGCUUGAGUUGUUGAACCUUCAUUCAAAUUAUCUGGAGGGUUCAAUCCCAGAGUCCAUUUUCUCAAUGGGGAAAUUGGAACAUUUGAUCUUGACUCAGAACAGGUUGAGUGGCUUUAUUCCUGAUUCAAUUGGGAAAUGCAAAGGGCUGUCAAAUGUUAGAAUUGGAGAUAAUAAUCUGAUUGGUGAGAUCCCCCGAGAAGUCAGUGAUGUCAGUGGCCUUACCUAUUUCGAAGCGGAUAACAAUAAUCUUUCCGGGGAGAUUGCAAGGGAUUUUUCGAAAUGUCCGAACCUCACCCUCUUAAAUUUAGCCUCAAAUGGGUUUUCUGGGAGUGUACCUUCAGAACUUGGAAUGGUGACUAGCUUGCAGGAGCUGAUUAUUUCUUCAAACAACCUGUUUGGUGAGAUUCCUCAGUCAAUCCUCAGGGCCAAGAAUCUGAACAAGCUCGACUUGAGCAAUAACAGAUUCAACGGCACUAUACCGGAAAAUAUCUGCAAUUCAUCGAGGUUGCAGUUCUUGCUCCUCGGGCAGAAUUCGUUGAGAGGUGAAAUCCCGAACGGGAUUGGAAAUUGCGGAAAAUUGCUGGAACUGCAUUUGGGAGGUAAUUACUUAACUGGAAAUAUCCCUCCCGAGAUUGGCCGUAUCAAGAACCUGCAGAUUGCUUUGAAUUUGAGCUCGAAUCAUUUGUAUGGCCAGUUACCAGCCGAGCUAGGAAGGCUCGACAAGCUGGUUUCAUUAGAUAUUUCGAAUAAUCAGCUCAGUGGGAGUAUACCAUCCGCGCUCAAAGGGAUGCUGAGCUUGAUCGAGGUUAAUUUCUCUAACAAUCGACUUACGGGGCCAAUACCCUCAUUUGUACCCUUUCAAAAAAGCCUAAAUUUGAGCUUUAUUGGAAACAGAGGUCUAUGUGGUGAGCCGUUGAAUGAUUUGUGUGGAAAUUUAAGUGAUUCUACUCGUAAUAAUGUUGAUCACCACAAGGUCUCCUUCAGGGUUGUAUUAGCUGUUAUUGGUUCGGGUUUCAUAGUUUUUACCUCGGUGGCCAUCAUCGUUUUCUUAUUCAUGAUGAGAGAGAAAUUAGAGAAAGGUAUUAAGGAUGAAAAAGACGAUGGAGUGCAAAUUGGUGAAAACAAGCCUGUGAUUGUCGCUGGAAGUGUUUUUAUCGAGAACCUAAGGCAAGCGAUCGACUUUGAAGCUAUUGCCAGAGCCGUUGCAAAAGAUUCGAAUAAACUGAGCAUCGGUACUUUCAGCACUCUCUACCGGGCGGAUAUGCCUUCCGGGGUAAUCUUGGUCGUUCGAAAGUUGAAGUCGAUGGACAAAAUCAUAGUUCAUCACAAAAGCAGGAUGAUUAGAGAGAUCGAGAAGAUGGGCAAACUAUGCCACGAGAAUUUGACGAGCCCUGUCGGGUUCGUGUCUUUUGAGGAUGCUUUGCUUUUGCUAUACCCGCAUUUCGAAAACGGGACUUUGGCUCGAUUUCUCCGCGACUCGAAGGAAAUCCCAGAUUAUAAGCCCGACUGGCCCACGAGGCUCUCGAUUGCGAUUGGUGUGGCCGAGGGGUUGGCUUUUCUCCAUCACUUGGCGAUUAUCCAUUUAGAUAUAUCUUCGGGGAACAUUUUUCUUGAUUCUAAUUUGAAUCCGCUCGUUGGAGAAAUCGAAAUAUCGAAGCUUAUUGACCCGUCCAGAGGGACCGCGAGCAUUAGUGCUAUCGCUGGCUCAUUCGGAUAUAUUGCACCGGAGUACGCGUACACCAUGCAAGUGACUGCACCUGGUAAUGUCUAUAGCUAUGGUGUUGUUUUGCUGGAGAUUCUAACGUCUAAACUUCCGGUUGACGAGACACUUGGCGAAGGGGUGGAUCUUGUGAGGUGGGUCCACCAUGCACCAGCCAGAGGAGAAACACCGGAGCAGAUUCUUGACGAGCGGUUGAGCACGGUUUCCUUUGCGUGGAGAAAAGAAAUGCUUGCAGCUCUCAAGGUGGCAUUGUUGUGCACGGAUAGCACACCGGCCAGGCGGCCCCGCAUGAAAAAUGUGGUUGAGAUGUUACGGGAGAUCGGGCAGAACUAG